CCUUGUAUUGAGAUGAAUCUGAGUUUCAGAUCAGUUCUUUAUCUUGGUUAUUAAUGUUUAGGUAGAAAGUGUAAGUGGAAAUAAGCAGUACAGAAAUCCGUGGAAACCUGAGCGUUACAUAUGUGCUUAAUAAACAUUAUAUUUCAGAUUCCAUAUAUCCCCCCUGAAUGAACUUGUGUUCAUUCAGCUACAAGAGCAUUAGUGAGGUCAGGAGCUGAUCUGGCAUGUAGUCAGAGGUCGGUGAUCUGUGCAGUCGUUCUUCCAUUCACAGCUUGGGAAGGCAUGUCUUCGUGAAGCUUGUUUUUGUACAGUGACGUUAUUCAGGAACAGGUUUGGGCCCAGGGAAGGGAAACUGUCAUGUUGCAGCACACAAAAAGAUGUACGGAGAUGGUGGCAGGUGUCUAUAAACUUGCUCAUGCGUCUGCAUAUUCUUGAGGAUCAUCAUUGUUUCGUCUGACUGAGGGUUGCAGCUGCCUGGAGCCUAUCCCAGGAGAUUUAGAGCAAUGGGGUACACCCUAGACUGGUAUGCAUGGCCUACAUGCUGCUGAAUAAAAACUGAGCCGUGCACAAGGAAGGGCCAAGCCAGUCUCAGUCUGCUGUAGUGAAAGAGAGCACGAGACAGAAAGAUGGCUGUGCAGAACAGGAAUGCAGUGUUUGUCCUGUCAGGGAGAGAGCGCGGAGCUCGCAUUUUGGGAUCCCAGCGGCUCUUGCAGCAGCUUGUGGAGGACAGGACACGCUGGAUGAAACUGCAGAGUCAGAAGGUGGAACUUCCUGAUAAUCCUCGCUCAACCUUCCUGCUGGCCUUCAGCCCAGACAGGAAUCUCAUGGCUUCCACUCAUGUCAACCAUAACAUUUACAUCACGGACGUGAAAACAGGAAAGUGCCUGCACUCUCUAGUGGGUCACCGACGGACCCCAUGGUGUUUGACUUUCCAUCCAACAAUUCCAGGCUUGGUGGCCUCAGGGUGCCUUGAUGGAGAAGUGCGCAUCUGGGACUUACAUGGUGGUAGUGAGAGCUGGUUCACAGAAGGAAACAUAGCCAUUGCAUCCUUGGCCUUUCACCCUACAGCCCAGCUUCUACUUAUUGCAACCAACAACGAGCUGCACUUCUGGGACUGGAGUCGGCCUGAGCCCUUCGCUGUAGUCAAGACUGGCAGUGAGACUGAGCGUGUCAGACUUGUAAGAUUUGAUCCUCUUGGACACAAUCUUCUGACGGCUAUCGUGAACCCAACUAACCAACAGAACGAUGAAGAUGCUGAUGUUCCCAUGGACAGCAUGGAAAUGGCCCUGUUUCGCCAGCGUUCUGUGCUUCGCUCCCCUCCUGUUCGCCGCACUCCAAUUUUGCACAACUUCCUACACAUUCUGUCGUCUCGCUCCUCUGGAGGAACAGAACCCCGUGAACCUACUCCCAGCAUGCCUCUGUUUCAGUAUCCCGGGCGGAGUGAGCUAGCAGAUCGACCGCCUCAGCAGAGCUGCACUCAGCACCUGGGGCUUGGUUGCCUGUGCAGUCGCUGUGCCGCCACGUCUCGCAACGUUCAGGCGCCAUCUGUUGCGCAGCCUACAGAAUCUGUCCACUCUCACACUCAUCCGCACCCACAGCCUCCCAACCAAUCACGUCCUUCCACAGACAGGCCCUCCGCUUUUAGCAGUGUGCAUGGUGGCAGUGCAGGGAGCUCGCUGCACCGGGGCCUGUCCUCUCUCAGAACUAGCAUGCCUUUGGGUAGCACUCCAGAACCCUCCACUAGGUUGACAAGCAGUGAUUGGUCCAGUAGCUUGCUAGGCACUGGUUCUGGAGCUACGCUAGGCGAGGCAGCAGUAGGUAUUGUGGGAAGGGGGCUAGUACCCCCUCCUAGGACCAGCUCCUCUUCCGUUGGUCUGCACUCUCUGCAUAGGUACCCCGACAGCUCUUCCUCUUCGCCCAUCUAUACAUCGGCCACCGAGGGCCGUGGUCUAGGACUGCCUGGCACUGACCCCAGGCAGGGCAGAGCCACCGACGAAACCAGUAGUGGGCAUCACCCAUUUUAUGACAAUUCCCAGCGGAACAAUCCAGCCUCUAUUCGUAAUGUCCUACAGUGCAACCUGAGCCGCUACUUCAUGGAAUAUGAGCGUAUGCAGGAUCUGGAGAGAGCAGGUUCUAGCCGGGAAGCAGGCGCACAGGGCCCCAUGCAGGACCUGCUAUCCAGCAAUGUGGACUCGGAAAGAGCAGGUCCAUCACAUCGAAACUCAGCCUAUGUCGGUGAUGGCACCAGCAGCUCCAACCUACACCACAACCACCCUAACCGCUGCCGCUCAUGCCACAACCUCCUCACCUUCAAUCAUGACACUCAGCGUUGGGAGCGUUCAAGCCAAGCUUCUUCUGCCUCAGCUCAGGAGGGUCCUCAGUGGCAGAUGCCCAUACCUGCCUUCGAGGUACCUGCACAGAGCACAAGGGAAGAGUCUCAUACCACGGAAGUGGGGCAGCAGCCUAUGCAGGGCCAACAGCCAAUGGGUCUGGUGUAUAAUCAGGACACAGGCCAGUGGGAAAGAGUGUAUCAGCAGGGCACAGCCAACUCAGCCACUGAAGCAGCACAAGAAGCCUUAAACCCAGAUGUGCCUGUGGACAAUACCGAUGAGGACUCGCUUAGAAGGAGGCUUUUGGAGUCAUCACUAUUUCCUUUCUCCCGGUACGACAUGUCCGGUUCGCGUGAUCAUCCUAUUUACCCAGAUCCUGCCAGGUUAUCUCCAGCGGCAUAUUAUGCCCAGAGGAUGAUUCAGUAUUUGUCUAGGAGAGAAAGUAUUCGUCAGCGUUCCUUACAGAAUCGCCUGCGCACGCUAUCCACAUCCUCUGACAACCAGGCGGGCAAUCCCUCCUCCACACCAGCAGAGGGCAGUGAUGCUGACUAUGAGGAUAUAGAAGAGCCUGGAGACCGGACAAGACACAGAAUGCCUCGCAAUGCACGAAUGUCAGCUCCCUCUCUCGGUCGCUUUGUGCCAAGAAGGUUCCUGUUGCCUGAAUAUCUUCCUUAUGCUGGUAUUUUCCAUGAGAGAGGUCAGUCAGGCCUGGCAACCCACUCAUCAAUUAAUCGAGUAUUAGCAGGGGCUUCAAUUGGUGACGGCCAGUCUGCGGUAGCCAGCAACAUCGCCAACACCACUUACAGACUGCAGUGGUGGGAUUUCACCAAGUUCGACCUGCCUGAAAUCAGCAAUGCGUCUGUAAACGUGCUGGUUCCACACUGUAAGAUCUAUAAUGACGCUAGUUGUGAUAUAUCAGCCGACGGGCAGCUACUGGCUGUUUUUAUACCCAGCAGCCAGCGGGGCUUUCCUGAUGAAGGUAUCCUUGCUGUCUACUCUCUCGCCCCUCACAACUUGGGAGAGAUGCUCUACACAAAGAGAUUUGGUCCUAAUGCAAUCUCUGUGAGCCUGUCUCCAAUGGGUUGCUAUGUGAUGGUGGGCCUGGCCUCACGUCGGAUCCUGCUCCAUCCUACCACUGACCACAUGGUGGCACAAGUGUUCCGUCUGCAGCAGCCUCAUGGAGGAGAAACCUCGAUCAGGAUGGUGUAUAAUGUCGUGUACCCCAUGGCUCCAGAUCAGCGCAGACAUGUGAGCAUUAACUCGGCUCGCUGGCUGCCUGAACCUGGUAUGGGUCUGGCCUACGGGACCAGCAAGGGAGACCUGGUCAUCUGCAGACCUGUUGAUUAUCGUAACGAGGGAGACAGCAGCACUGAUCAGAACUCGGAUCCUCUAUUUACUGCCAGUAGCAGUCGGACACGUGGAGUGGAACGAACAAGCAGGUCUGGCUGGCGAUUGGACAGAGACAUGGGACUGAUGAGUGCUAUUGGUCUGCAACCCCGUCAGCCUGCCCCCUCCGUCACCUCCCAGGGUACACAGACACCUGUGGUGCGUCUACAGAAUGCAGAGACACAAACGGAGAGAGAGCUGCCCUCGACGAGUGCGUUUCACACAAUACACGUACAACGACAUUUGGCUGAGACUAAUGAAGUGCAGACCGCCAGUACAGAAACACUCCCACUCAGCGAGCCACCAGACACAGUGGCCCAUGGAGCAGCUUCUCACGAUCCCACUACCCACGCUGACUCGCUGAACUCCAACCACGGCGAGUCCCAGUCAGAUCCUGGCCCUGGUGAAGAUGCCCUUUCUCGGAUCCGGCGUCUGAUGGCUGAAGGUGGGAUGACGGCGGUGGUCCAGAGAGAACGCAGCACCACAAUGGCCUCUAUGGGAGGCUUCGGCAACAACAUCGUGGUGAGCCAUCGCAUUCAUCGUGGCUCACAGACACCAGCAGGAGCAGCACAGGCGAGUAACCCAGGACCUUCAGGAGAAAACAGCCACGAUGCAAGACUAGACAUGCUCCCUUCUGGUACUACAGACAAUCCUGCUCAGUCUGGGUCUUGCGGUGGCACUCCUCUAUCUGAAAUCCGCUCUAGGUCCUCGCCCUCCUCUUCCGGUCCGGGUUCAGUAGUUUUGGAGUCCCUCGCCAUGGAGGACAUGGUGGAGGACGGUCAGAACGAAGAACCCGAUCCAUCCUCCAGGAGUGGGUACUUAGCUAACAUCAGUAACAACAACAACAACAGCAACAACAAUGGGAGUAACAGCAGAAAUUACCCGGAUGACCUGUACAGCAGAUAGUGCUUCCUCCCGCUGUCUUACACGUACUUUGGUGGAGUGGGUUGAUUUGGAUUUGGCAAGACGUGAAGGGUUCUCUGUCAGAACCUGAGAGAAUGAGCCCCUGAGGUGAACCUGUGUGCCUGUGUUUUGCCUCCUCCUGCUUUGGCCUUAUGUGCAGAAGUAAGAGUGCCAAAUUUCCACUUUGUCUCACUUCAGAGGAGACAACAGCCUCUCUACAAAUAUUUCACGGGGAAUGUCUUUAUGGAAAGCCAUUGUUGUUGCACUUGGUCCUUGCACUUCAGUUGGGUUUUGCUUCCUUUGAAAUGUGUCUCAGACUUUUGAGCAUUCCAUCGCCAGAAAGGGCUUCUACUUGAGUCAUUCUUGUACUGGGGUACAAAGUCAAUGCGGUUUGGUUUACUGCUCCUUCAUGGAGCCAUCAUGGUUACCAGUCGAGUUUCAGACAUGAUUGCAGAAAACAUGCUGGCUUCACUGGGCUCAUGGGUGAUGCGUUCUUUUCAAGUGAUUUCAAUUUAUUCUGAGGAAUUGGAGGAAAUUUUAAUGGAUGCUGCUGCCUAUAAAUCCUGUAAUAAGCAGAUUCAUGUUUUUCUCUUUUCGUUUGCCGAGAAGAGAUUAUAAUCGCAGCAGUAUAAUCCACACAAAUGCGCCACAGUUUCAACUGAUAUGAUUGAGGAAGGAAGGAGAGUUUAAAGCAGCCCAGAUGUUCAUUGUUUUAUAAUUAUGGCUUUUAUAUUUCUGUAUUGGCAAAUGCAUUUUAUUUAUUACCUUGGAUAAUCCAAGUUUAUCAUCAGUUAAGCUAAGACAGAAAUAUCUUGUCCACCAUCAUGGAGGGCCACAAAAACAAAUAUCACCACAUCAAUGUCUGUAUCAGUAUCUGAGCCGAGUUCAUUUAAAUCGCGCUUUGUUCCCCUGAAACAUGCUGCUUGUACUCACCUGUGUUCAGCCUAGGACGCUAACGGUUUGUUUUGAUGCCACCAGUCACAGCAUGCCUGUGCCACCUCCAGUGGCAGCUAGUGUCUGUUUGCACUAAACAUCCUGGUUUCACUCCAGACUUUCAAUGUGGGGAAUGACUGUCAGGACAUAUGCCCUAAAACAAGCCUGGGUAAAGAGUUAUACUUGAAUUAAACAUAUAGUGGAAUAUCUCUAAGGAGCUGGCCAGUUGUUGUAAAAAAAAAAAAAAAAGGCCUUAAACCAGCAAAUUGAACUUAAUCACUGAACAGAGGGCAUGUGCUUGUGCGUGCGUGUACUACUGUGCAUGAGGUUGUGUCACAAGUAAGUGUAGCAUUUCCAAUCAAGAAAAUGACUUGAAAGUUAAUAUGUGCUUGUUUUUAGGUAGAUCAGUUUGCUCCGUCUGUUCCUGCGCUUCUAAAGCUACGAGUACUUCCGAGUCACCUCUGUCCUGUGCGGGGGGUCGAGCUCGACCCCUUAUGGGUGUAACAAAAGAAGCGCAGAGGUAGGCUUUCCCAGGUUCUCAGUGCUUUAAGGCGAACACAUGAAGCACAGAACAUCCUAGCUCGUUUUUAUUUGGUGUCUAAAUGGCUUUUAACAGUUUGGGUCAUUUUUGUGCCCCAUGAUAGCCCCGCUUUUAGCUGACUAAUAUUUAUCCCUAGUUUAUGACGUCAUCAUAACUGCUGAGGCACCCCACCUUCUCAUUUCUCUGCUAAGUCUUGAUGUUCGAGACUCAGUGUUAAACUGCUUUUUCUUAAGGAACAAAAACUGAGUAAGAAGGGUGAAUUCUUGACAAAGUAAUAGACAUGUGUUUAUCCAUUUGAUGCUUGGAGUGGUUUUGAUUGUUAUUGUUUAAAAUAUUAACUGAAAUCUCAUCUCUGGUGCUGUUUGAUUUUUUUUUUAUUAUUAUUUUACACUUUAUAUGGUUAGCCCUGUUUAUUCAUUGAAGACACUGAAUUAUAAUGUAUUUUUUUGUUUCCCCAAAACACUGUUACUGAUAACUGAUUUCAGUAGGGCAUGACUGUAAUAAGGGAGAUGAGGACAUCUGCUUUUAUUUGAUGUCACUCUGUAUACUGUAUUUUUGUUGGUCUGAUAAAUCUACUCAUAGAUAUCAAAUGUUUGUAGUUUUUUUUUCGUUUUUUUUCCCAAUGCAUUUUGCCCACAUCAGAUGUCUUAGAAAUACAGUAUCUCUCUCUCUCUCUCUCUCUCUCUCUCUCUCUCUCUCUCUUUCACUCUCUCUCUCCCCCACACACAUGCACACUGCUCUUUUUCUUUCUCUUCCUUUCUUGGUCAUAUUUUAUUAGCAUUUUAGGUUGUCUUAUGACACUUUGGUUAACUGAAGCAUACGAAACUAAGGAAUAUACCAGCGAUAUAAAACCUGGUGUAACAUUACAGACAGACAUUAGCGACUCUGUGCCAGUUUUGGUAAUCUCACUGCUGGGUCAGUGCUGAAGAAGUCAAAGGUAUGGGAAAAGCAGGAUGUGAAAAUUCCCCUUAUCCAAUUGUGUGAGAAGUGUCUUAUCAAGUACAGAAGUGUGAAGUUAAGUCUUUAGCUACAGUAGGGGUUAGGUGUUUGCUGAACAAAGUGCUAUUGGACGCCAAAGAUCCAGUGUUACAGUGGUUGAAAAGAGGUCUAAUAAAAUGGGAAUAUUGAAAAAUC